AUGCGCGGCCAGACCGAUAUUCGCUCAUCCGUCAUCCAAUUCUAUCGACCCCUCUUCGCUGCAAAGUCUGCCAUCAUGAAGCUCCGUGAGGUGAGCGUAGGCAAGCUGUGGUCAACAUUGCGUAUCGAGAUUUUUCAAGGCAACGACAAGACUGCUGUCUCUGCAGAUAUCAUGUACGCGGAUGCCACUUAUCAAUGUGAAACAAAAGUAUACCCCGACUUACAAACCAUAUUUAGCAUCUCCGACUUUUCCUGGUCAGGCAUCGUCCUUCAAACAAACUGGCAUUUACCAGCACCUCCGCGGCCGGUGGACCUGUCCAAAUUAGAAUCAGAUACCGACCCUGGCUGGGCGUCGUAUCAAACAGCGUUUUAUCCAGAUGGGUUCCGCCGCGGCAGUGCAUACGUGAGGGCGUUCAUACCCAAGACCUGGCCAUCUGAAAUCAGAUAUAUCGAGCAAUGGAUCUGCCCCGGCUGGGAUUGCUACCCCCAGGGUUCCUGCGCAUUCGAAAAGACGGAAGACAAAGCUCGGUGGACGAACGACAUGAUUCACUUCAUCAUGGACUCGGGUCUGCCAAUUCAAGAAAACUUCUUUCCACAUGAACCCGACAAGCCGCUGCCGAUGGGGAGCGUAGCCGCCACGUUAGGAUUUGCGGCGGCACAAAAGAAGGCCAGGGAGGAGGGAAAACAGAAUUGGAGAGCAUUAGACUCGGAUGGGUCGAAAACCAUGAUGACGCAGACGGUUCAUGUGACAUUGUCCAUGUCGACGGAAAUAAAGAAGAAGUUGCCGCAAGAAGGGGUUCGUUGGCUGUACCUAUGGACGGAGACGAAGAGUAUUAUCAAUGGGAGGAUGGAUCUGCAGGUGCUUUUGUUUGACGAGACAAUGGACCUGGUGGCGGUUACUUCGCAUGUUGCGCAGAUUAUACCUGCAGGGCAGAAAAAUCAGAGGAGUAAGAAAGGGCCGUCUCUGUAA